AUGAGGACAGGAGCUGCACCCUGCCCAGCAGAUCUUACUGCCUUACAUCAGUGCAGCUGACUCACACGGGUCCGACACUGGAUGACCAAAGCCCAAUGGAGAUUCGGUAUGCAGAAGAGGGUUCUGGGCCUGGGAUCUUCAGAACAGAGUUGGGAGACCAGCGGCAACCCAUCUCUCAGUCCCAACGCUGGUGCUGCCUGCAACGUGGCUGUGUAAUACUGGGUGCCCUGGGGCUGCUGGCUGGAGCAGGUGUUGCUUCAUGGCUCUUAGGUCAGUGCUGGGCCCUUCUGUCUGAAGAGGAGAGGAGGACAGGAUCUGGGGGAAGCUUGGAGAACUUCCAAACAGUACUGUAUCUAUGGCCGGCUGCCUCUCCUUCCAUCUCUGGGACAUUGCAGGAGGAGGAGAUGACUUUGACCUGUCCAGGAGUGAGCAGUGAAGAAGAGCUCCUUCCGUCUCUUCCCAAAACAGUAUCUUUCAGAAUAAAUGCUGAGGAUCUUCUGCUCCAAGUGCAAGUAAGAGCUCGGCCAGACUGGCUCCUGGUCUGCCAUGAGGGCUGGAACCCUGCCCUGGGCAUGCGCAUCUGCCAGAGUCUUGGGCAUAUCAGGCUCACUCAACACAAGGCAGUGAAUUUGUCUGACAUUAAGCUCAACAGGUCCCAGGAGUUUGCUCAACUCUCUGCUAGACCGGAAGGCCUUGAGGAGGAGGCAUGGCAGCCCAGCACUAACUGUCCUUCUGGCCGAAUUGUUUCUCUCAAAUGUUCUGAGUGUGGGGCAAGGCCUCUGGCUUCUCGGAUAGUUGGCGGCCAAGCUGUGGCUUCUGGGCGCUGGCCAUGGCAAGCUAGUGUGAUGCUUGGCUCCCGACACACGUGUGGGGCCUCUGUGCUGGCACCGCACUGGGUAGUGACUGCUGCCCACUGCAUGCACAGUUUCAGGCUGUCCCGCCUAUCCAGCUGGCGGGUUCAUGCAGGGCUGGUCAGCCACGGUGCUGUCCGACAACACCAGGGGACUAUGGUGGAGAAGAUCAUCCCCCACCCUUUGUACAGUGCCCAGAACCAUGACUAUGAUGUGGCUCUGCUGCAGCUCCGGACACCCAUCAACUUCUCAGAUACUGUGGGCGCUGUGUGCUUGCCGGCCAAGGGACAGCACUUUCCACGAGGGUACCAGUGCUGGGUGUCUGGCUGGGGCCACACCGACCCCAGCCAUACUCAUAGCUCAGAUACACUGCAGGACACAAUGGUACCCCUGCUCAGCACCCACCUCUGCAACAGCUCCUGCAUGUACAGUGGGGCACUUACACACCGCAUGUUGUGUGCUGGCUACCUGGAUGGACGGGCAGAUGCAUGCCAGGGAGACAGCGGGGGACCCCUGGUAUGUCCCAGUGGUGACACGUGGCACCUUGUAGGGGUGGUCAGCUGGGGUCGUGGCUGUGGAGAGCCCAAUCACCCAGGUGUCUAUGCCAAGGUAGCAGAGUUCCUGGACUGGAUCCAUGACACUGUGAGGCCUGUCUGUUGGCAGGUCCGCUAGCCGAAGAAGCAGCAGCUGCUACCUGUGAUGCAGAAGUGUGGAUCUCCCAUGGAUCAUCCCAGACUGAAGGCCAGCAUCUGGAUCACUCGGCCUCUCCCCAAAGGCUCUGACUUCUAGUUCAUCUUUCUCAUCUAAGAACCUCCAGAGCAGGAAAGAGGCUGGGGCUGGAUUGGGAAUGAUGUUGAGAGGAAGGGAUAAGAGGACAGAAGAGACAGAGAGGUUUCUGGAAGCAUCUGGGAGACUGCCCCUCUGCUCUCCCCAUAGCCCAUGUGCAUCCAUUGGGAGGAUGCUGGAGAUGCCCAACCCUGCUUUCUCCUGGGGUCACUGGAGGGCUAAGUCCAACUUUAGAGGAUGCCCUGUCUAAGGGUUCCUAGGCAGAUGAGGUUAAGGUUGGAUCAGCUCAAGUAAAGGCAUGGAAGCCAAGAUUCCCCUUUCUCCCAUGCUGGACCUGUUCUGAGGUAACUCCAGUAGCCCUGCAUGAGGCAGAAGUCUACAGGGUAAGAAGGAUGGAGUUGGGCUAGGAUGCUAUUUUUCAAAUGACAGUUCUGUAAAUUGGUUGAAAGAGUUUUGUUAUUAAAUGGAAAUUAUGUAUAA